GAUAGAUGCACUUUUAUUCUAAUCAUUAAAGUAUGUAUACAUUUAAUAAUACAUGAUGGUUGGAAAUCCCAAAUUAUCCAAAUAUGAAGUUAUAUAUUAUGUCUUUAUCGGGUUUAUCUUAUUACCUAAUAAUGUUAUAGAUACUACCGUACAAAUGCUAAUCUAGUGUGGGCCCCACCAAACACCCACAAAUCAACGGCUCUGCAUCCAAACAAAGCGUUCGCUCUGUCACUAAUCAGUUUUAAAUAUGCUUACAUAAUCAAGCGAAGUCAUCAACUUAGACAAAUUACUAAACUUUAAACGAGCUGAUUCAAAAACCAACAUGAAAAUUUGAGUCGGUUUCCAAUCUAAAAUUACUACGUAUAUUGCAAAGUUUCCAUAUUUUUUUCACAUUUGCAAGUGUUUUUCCUUUAUUUGGGCGAAAAUGUAAAAGAUCCAAGUUGAGGAGAAAAGAGUAGAAAGUAGUAGAGUAGUUGAUGAUAAGCUGCUUGAUUGAAACAGGUGGGGAAUUGUGUUUAUAUGACAGAGAAAGGACUGUGUCCGAUGCAAUAGUGUCAACAAACAGUUUCGUCUUUUUCCUUCCUAUUUUUAUUCGAAGAUUAAAGGCGAGAGAGGAAAGAGAGAGGAGCACCUUAUCUCUCUUGCAGAAAGGACAUUAACAAUAAAGGCAAAUACCCAAGAGAAAAGAAAACAAAGGAAAGAACAGAAAGAGGAAAGUACUCACAGUCACGCCCAAAAUCGCCCACCUUCUCGCUCUCUGCUGCUCUCAAUCAAUACUCUGUGUCUCUCCAUUUUCAACCCCAACAUAUCAGAAAUAUUGCUAGAGAGUACAGUACCAUAUUAAAGAGUACCAAAAAGGUUGCUUUUUUUAAUUCUAUUUUUGAGCUAACUCUGUCUUCUAUAAAUGGAGGUUAAAGAAGCUUUUUGAAUCAUUGGGAUUUGGUAGAUUUAUGAGCGGUGUUAUUACACUCGAGUGUUAUGGUGAGUUUUGGACUGGUUGUUGCCGACUGUGUAGUGGAUUUACAAAUUUGAUCAAUUUUCGUUUUCGGGGAAAUUUAAGCUGAGCUGCAUAAGAUGAAUCAUUCAGUUCCUGAGUUUGAUAUGGAUGAUGACUACACUAUUCCUACGUCUUCUGGUCUUACCAGACCUAAAAAGUCUGCAAUGGCGGAAGAGGAUAUCAUGGAACUAUUGUGGCAUAAUGGACAAGUGGUUAUGCAGAGCCAAAAUCAAAGAUCUCUGAAGAAAUCUCACAUUAGCAACGGCGGUGGCGGAGGUGGCAGCGGUGAUGCGCUUAUUCCCUCCGAACAAGCUGUCAGUAGAGAGAUCCGACAUGUAGAGGAAACUACUACACCACAGCAACUGUUUAUGCAGGAGGACGAGAUGGCCUCAUGGCUUCACUACCCACUCGAUGACUCCUCCUCCUUCGAACGUGAUCUUUACGCCGAUCUCCUUUAUUCCACACCGAGCGCAACCGUUACAACCGCUGCGCCGCCGCGAGAAAUCCGUACGCCCCCGGUGGAGAUCCGUCCACCUCCGCCGCAUCCAUCCCCUGCACCGCCGAUUGCAGUGGCUCCACGACCGCCUAUACCUCCUCCUGCAAGACGUCCCGGCACUGAAAGCUCACAUCGGUUCCAGAACUUCGGACACUUCUCGCGAUUGCCUAGUCGAACAAGGUCAGAACUUGGUCCGUCAAAUUCGAGCAAGUCACCUAGAGAAUCAACGGUUGUGGACUCAAACGAAACUCCAAUUUCAGGGCCUGAAUCUAGGGUUUCACAGGUAGCGGAUAAUGUAGUACCGGUUCCCGGCGGAAAUGGAGCAUGUGGGGCUGUAAAUGUCAACGGAACUGCGACUGCGUCAACGGCAAUUAGGGAACCGGCGACAACAUGUGAGCUUUCGGUGACGUCAUCUCCCGGCUCAGGAAACAGUAUAAACGCCAGCGCUGAACCACCGCUGUCGGAAACGGCGGCGUUGGCGACACCGACGGCUGCGGCAUCGAAUGAUCGGAAACGCAAAGGAAUAGAAACGGACGACGGGGAUGGUCAGAAUGAGGACGCUGAAUUUGGGUCUGGUGAUACAAAGAAGCAUGCACGUGGUUCAACGUCUACAAAACGAUCUCGUGCUGCAGAGGUCCAUAAUCUUUCGGAAAGGAGACGUCGAGACAGAAUAAAUGAGAAGAUGAGGGCUCUGCAGGAACUGAUACCACGCUGUAACAAGACAGACAAAGCUUCAAUGCUGGAUGAGGCAAUUGAGUAUUUGAAAUCACUGCAAUUGCAAGUGCAGAUGAUGUCCAUGGGAUGCGGCAUGGUCCCGAUGAUGUAUCCUGGAAUGCAGCAAUACAUGCCAGCUAUGGGAAUGGGCAUGGUGGGAAUGGGUAUGGAGAUUGGCAUGAACAGGCCAAUGGUUCCAUAUCCACCUCUAUUACCAGGUGCAGCGAUGCAGAAUGCAGCUGCAGCAGCACAAAUGGGUCCUAGAUUUCCUAUGGCACCGUUUCAUUUGCCACCAGUUCCAGUACCAGAUCCUUCCAGGAUGCAAGCCUCAAGUCAGCAAGAUCCAAUGCUAAAUCCACUUGUAGCACGUAAUCCCAACCAGCCAAGACUUCCGAAUUUUAAUGAUCCAUAUCAACAGCAUUUUGGUCUCCACCAGGCACAAGUGCAAUUACCGCAGAAUCAGGCAGUAGAACAGCAAGGUUACAAUAAACCCGGCAGCAGCAAAGAAGUUGGAAAUCCAGGGAAUCCUCAAUCUGGUUGAUUACCUGAGGGCCAGAACGUAAGAGCUUCUCACAAACUAAAUUUUGUAGUGUAAGAGGAACAUCCGCUGCAGUCGGGCUGAUACAAAAUAUAGCACCACUAACUUGUAAUUAUUACUGCAAAACUCAGUUUGCUUUAUAUAUUGUGGCCCAUGAAAUCUCAAUUCCCAUUUUGGCAUUUGGAUAUAAUUUGUGGCCAGCGUUUAACAUCACAAGUGAUCCGGCAUAAGAGAGAUGUUCAGCCGGUGAAGAGGCUUUAAGCAUUUCCAGGCUUA